AAUCAUUAAUAAAAUCUAAAAAAAUUAAAAAAAAGAAAACAUUUUCGUAUACGAUUAUUUAUACCUAAUGUCAGGGUCGAAUUAAGACAUUUUGCGACCCGGAGCAAACCUUCUUAAAAUUCAGAACUUUUUUCGUUAAUAUUUUUUCCACUCUAAAUAGUACCUACAUUAUUUCAAAAUUUUGCACCUUUAAAAUUUUGGACCUGAAGGCAGAUUUCCCCCCUGUUUCACUUUAAUCCGGCUCUGCCUAAUACGAUUAAGUAUGUAUAUUUGCGUAAUGUAGUAGACGAUAAAAAUGGGAAUAUUUGCAAGACAUUUAGCAGGAUCUAUUAUAAGUGAAUUACUGGUACUCCUCGAGACAUAUUUUACUAAUAAGGCUCAGGAAAAUUAUUAAAACUAAGAAUUUGCAGUCGAAAUAUACGCACAAUCGUCAUAGGUUCUAAUGAUAUUUAUUUGUACUGUAUUGAUUUACAUAUACAAAAAUAAUCUUAUUAAACAAAUUAAAGUAUUUCCUAGGCAAUCAGAAUAUGAAAAAUGCUAAUCAUCAUACCCAAAAUUAUUUCAAAUUUAAAAAAAUGGGAUUUUUGAAAUAUUGUAUCUUAUUAUACAUCCAUAAUAUUUAAGGAAACCUCCAUGUCAAACCUCAAGCACAUAAUUUUCGUAAUUUUUAAAAUAUACACUUCGAUAGGCGAGUGACCGAGUGAGUUAUAUUUAAAUAUCGUGUAACGAUUAUAAUAUUGUCAUAAUGGACUCAAAAGACUAUAGAGAAACGCGUCUGCGGUCUGGGAAAACGUUUUUAGGAAUGGCCAACGGUGAGGUGGUGGUAUCGCAACACACAUGACCGAUUUUCCGAUGUAUUUUUCAUUCAAUAUUUAUUUUUAUUUAUUUUUCGCCAUAGCGACCGCGUCUUUAGCGCGCGCCGGUGAUUGUUCGAUACGAAAUAUUAAAUGGUUUCAUACAAACACACACACACGCGCGCGCACGCACACACGUACUCACACACACGCACACACACACAUAAAAACAUAUGCACAGCAACGAUUGCGAAAGCGAAGAAAAUAAUAACGAAAACAUAAUAAAAAUAAUCAUAAUAAUAUUAUAAUAACAACAGUAGUAUUAAAAUUAAUAGUGUAGUAUUAGUAGUAGUAGUGGUGGUAGUGGUAUUAUUAAUAGGAACCAUAAAUAUGGUGACCAAAUAAUAAGACGUGCAGAAUAAAGGUAUUCCCCGUCACGUGAAUCCGCACUCCAAAAUUUCUACACACAUCUCGAUCGUAGAACAUGUCACGACGUCCGAGUCUCAACUACGACCACACCGGUGUCGGCGGCCACGGCCACAUGAUGGAAGGGUUGCUGUCGGGCGCCGCCGACCUUAGUGACGCACAUCACAUUCGGGCCCUGUGCAUGGACGCUCGGCGCGCGUUCCUCCAGCAACCCAUGCUGCUCAAGCUCCGGGCGCCCAUCAAAGUGGUCGGCGACCUGCACGGUCAGUACAGCGACCUGCUCCGAUGGUUUGAAGCGGCUGGUCGGCCGCCAGACGUGGAUUUCCUGUUCCUGGGCGAUUUCGUGGACCGUGGUCCGCAGUCCGUUGAAGUGAUCACUCUCCUGUUGGCGCUCAAGACCCGGUACCCGAAGAACGUUUACCUGUUGCGCGGCAACCACGAGUGCUGCACCGUGAACGUGCGGUACGGAUUCUACGAUGAGUGCCGGUCCCGGUACGGCUCGAUGCUGGGCGGCCGUCUGUGGAAGGCGUUCAACAGAACGUUCGAUUGCAUGCCAGUGGCCGCGGUCGUCGCCGGCAUCAUAUUCUGCGCGCACGGCGGCCUCAGCCCGCACCUGCGGUACAUGGGCCAGAUCGACCGGAUGCCGCGGCCUGCCCGUGUGCCCAAAAGCGGCCUAAUGUGCGAUCUGCUGUGGUCCGAUCCGUCUGACCGUCCGGGGGACCGGGGUUGGCGCGCGAACGUCCGCCGUCACGUGUCCUACGAGUAUGGCGCCGAUCGCGUGGCCGAGUUCCUCUUCCGGUUCCGGUUGAAGCUGGUGGUCAGGGCUCAUCAGGCAAGUGAAAUUCCUCUCGGCCUCGCAACGUCAGGUUUACGUCCCGUAAACGAUUGCGCGCGCGUUUCACCGUUCCUCGGAACACCCGGUCCCGGGAAGCUAUUCGAGGAGAUCGCUUGUUCACGGCCUCCAAUUCGAAGAGUCCAAGGGAAUUUCCCAAUCUCCGUAACGCGAACAAGUACAGCGAGACAUAUUUCCUGGGAAAAGUUUUUGUCCUUACAAGAAACUAAAUACUUCGGUUUAAUUUUAGAUUCUACUCCAGAUAGAGCACAUAGAGAUCAAUUUGCUGUUGUUAUUAGAUACUGUUAUAAAAGGUUAGUUGUUGAGCGAUUCUUAACAUACAUUCAUAUAUUAAAUCAAACUGGUAUUUCAAUGGCCGAAAAAUGUGUGGACGACGGUUACAAGUUUUUCGCGCAACGCAAGCUAGUAACCGUGUUCAGCGCGCCCGACUACAGGGGAUACGGUUUGCCGGGUGCCGUCAUGUCCGUGGACGAGUACGCGAAAUAUAUAUUGGUAAAGACAAUUAAAUCAGAUGUUCUAACCGGAUUUGUCAAUCGUUAA